CCGCUUCCGUGUCGUUCUGGGAACGUUGCGGCCGCCGUGUUCUGUCUGUGAUUGUCUUUAGAAUGUUCCGAAAGAAUCCGAAGCGGAAUUUCCGCCGCAGGAGGAGCGAGUCCAGCGACGAGGAUGAUCAAGAGCAGGUUCAGCCCGGAGUCGGGACCGGGGAUGUGGUCAAACCCGCUCUACCAGCCUGUGGCUCAGCCAGGGCCCAGUCCGCCAGCCCCAGCUCAGCCUCAGCAGAUAGUGGCAGCGAGGAAGCUGGAGUCGAAUGGAGCGCUGCAAAACGUGCCGGUCAAACUCGUAUCUGUGACCGGAGUCGGCUGAGCUUUGGGUACGACAGAGAAGAAGAUAGAGAAGAAUUCAAAGUAAAGAAAACUGGAAACACCAUUUUAUUUUCAUCGCAUUGGAAAAAAGAAAAGCAGAAUAAUGUUGAACAAGCUGAGGAUAUCUCAAAAGAUGAGAAUAUUUUUCAUGAUUCCACGCCAAGAGAUUUUCAAAAAGGAAGUGGUUCUGAUGAGGAGAUAACAGAAAUUCCUACAGAAAAUGAAGAAAUUAAUUCAACAGAUGAUGAAACUGAGACAGCCACACUAUAUCAGCACAAAAUGAAACCAGGUGUGAUUCCAAGUGCUAGGUACAUCCAUGCUGUCCGUAAAAGGCGACAGAUGGCCAGAGCCCAAGCUGACUUCAUUCCUCUUCAUUCGUUUGGAAGAAAUGGUACUUCACCGUCUAAGUUGAAUGAAGAAGACCCCAGUGAUGAUGAACUUGAUAAUCAUGAAAGGAGAAUAGACUUCACCCAGCAACUGAAAACACAGAGAGAGAGAAUGGUAGAAGAAAUUGGUGUAAAUGAAAGUGACGAUGAGAGUUUAAAAAAUGAAGAGCAGGAUGAUGAUCAGAAACUGUGGGAGCAGCAACAAAUCAAAAGAGUAAAAGUGUUUCCCUCACCAGAUGUUGAGACAGCCAGUCAGUCAAGUACACACAUUAAGAAUACAAUGUUGGAAACGUGGAGAAAAUUGCCACCAAUCAACUUGGAAACUGUCAAAAAACGAUUAAUCACUAGACUUGAAUCUCUGCAAGAAGUUUACCGCUCACAUCAGCGAGAACAUGAAAAGAUCCAAGUGAUGGCUGAGUCUUCACAACAUGCAGUUGAACACUUGGAAGCCUCUUCGGACUCUGGUCACCGUUAUAAAUUUUAUCAAGAAAUGCGAACCUAUGUUCAAAAUCUGACAAACUGCUUCAAUGAAAAGAUAUGUGUCAUUAAUGAACUAGAAUCUGAAAUGCAUCAGCUGUUGGGGCAGCAGGCAAGAAAUCUUAUGCAACGCAGACAGGAUGAUGUUCAGGAUGAAUCGACCGAGGUUUCGCAAUUUUCAAAAAAAGCUGAGACCAGCAGUAUGGAUAUUGACCACGCCAAAGCAAAACAACAACGAAUUGAAAAACGAGAGGCAAGAAGGGCACAUAGGGAGCACUUAAGAAAAGCAGCUGGAAAGGAAGCAGACCAUCACAAUGGUCUGUCCAGUGAUGAUGAAGUAGCUCCAGUGGAUAUGUAUGAUUUCCAUGAGAAGGAAGAUCGCAUUUUGAAGGAAUCCAAGAAAAUUUUUGACGAUGUGCAUGAUGACUUCUGUAGAGUUGACCGAAUUUUAGCAAAGUUUGGAUUGUGGCGACAGAAAUUUCCGGAUUCAUAUUACGAUGCGUAUAUUGGGCUUUGUCUUCAAAAAAUUCUGGUUCCUUUAAUCCAUGUGCAGCUGAUUGGCUGGAACCCUCUUAAACUUGACUAUUUGGACUUGACAGAAAUGCCCUGGAUAUUAUCAUUGGAAGAGUUCUGUCAUAUGGAAGAUGAAGAAUUCAAGAAAAAGGAAAAUUCUGAUAGAAAAUUACUGCCCACGGUAAUUGAGAAGACAGUCAUUCCGAAAAUCGAGGGCUUUGUGAUUCAUGUGUGGGAUCCUUUGUCAUCCUCUCAGACACGGAAUUUAGUACAAAUUUGCAGAAAGCUAAACAAAGAAUAUUGUGUGUUUAACGAUGUGCAAAGUAAAGCCAUCCAGGCUCUGAAAAAGACUAUUAUUAUGAGAAUAACAAUGUCUGUGGAAGAGGAUGCUUUCAUUCCGCUAUAUCCAAAAAGUGUACUGGAAGAUCAAACAUCAGUCCAAUAUCACUUUCAGGAAAGACAAUUCUGGUCAGCUGUGAAGCUCUUGGGUAAUAUUCUCCAGUGGGAUGGUCUAUUACCAGAACAUAUUCUACAGGACUUGGGCCUAAACAAGCUUCUCAAUCGUUACAUUUUACUGAGCCUACAAAACUCCCUGAAUCAUUCAGGAAAUAUAGACAAGUGUAAAAAGAUAAUAGCUUGCUUUCCUAAAUGUUGGUUUGAAAAUCUUGAAAGACAAAGUAGCAUUCCCCAAAUGGAAAACUUAUGUAGGUAUUUGUUGCAAUCUAUUCGCACCAUAAAUAAAAAUAAUUCAAAUCCAGAUAUGGAAAACAAUGGCAGAGAAGAAAUAAGAGAAAUAGUUCAUCUGUUGAUCUCAAUUCGUGCCUUGGAUCAUGCGGAGGUCAUUGUCAACGAGUUUAAAUUAGAAGACUUGAAUUGGAUUUUCAAAGGAAACUGAUGAAUAUGAACUGUCUUUCCACAUAUUGUUUAAAGAUUAUACCUAAGCAAUGAAAUGUUUCAUCAUGAUGGUGCAUUCAACAAUGCUGUGACUCUCAUCGAUGACUAUGUGGUAUAAGGUCAAAAAUCAAAUGACACCUGGGUUAUGGUCCAACAGGUUUAUUUGAAAUCUCAAGUUUUCAGAAUUCAGCUCCUUCCUCAGGCAUGGUAUAAUUGAGAGGUAUACGACAGUAUUUAUCAGUAAAAAGUUAAUUUUAAAAGUAGCUACCCUUGCUGAAUCCUUUUAUCAAUUUGGAGGUAGACUGCUGAUUAAAAUGCAAAAUCCAAAUUCCUUUCAAGUCUUUAUCCAGGGAUAAUUGAAGGAGCAAGAGAUGACCACUCAGGUUAGACAAUGCACUUUUAAGUGUGAGGUCCUGUUUGGAAUCUCUCUCUGUUUUAAGCUAAGGGUAGCUUUUUUGACAAAAGAAAUUUGAAUGAAAUAAUUCCCUUCAGCGUAUGUGGGGAUGUGAGAGAGAGUGUAAGCACACCAGUGUGUGUGUGUAUAUGGUAAAAAUUAGGGGAAAAGAAAUUGAACUACUGAAAACCAUUUUAAUUCCACAAUUGUUAAAAAUUCUUUUUACAAUAUAUGCAAAGUACAAAUUUCUUGUAGUUUUAUGGAAGUCAGAUCUGAAAAGUUACUGACAACAACACACUUGUUUUUUUUGUAGGACUGUGCAUGUGUAAUAAUUUAAGUGACUUGUGAUCAGGAACUUCCAAAUUGUGAAUCAUAUAAGGGAUCACUGACUUUCAUGCCUUCAUUUCCUGUAUCAGAACGGUCAUAUUAAAUGUAAAAGCAGCAGCAGUCUGAGUGAUUUAAACUAAAGCUUUUCCCCAAAAAACUGUUUACCAAGAUGUAGCCAACCCUAUUGUAAAUUCUAAUUUUCUUAUCCUCAUGUACAUAAAAACUUUUCAUCCAGGAAAAAUAGUUUCCCUAACUGCCAGCUUUGAAAAAUUUAUUUGGCUUCUUCGUUGAUGGUGAUAAUCAUUUUUUCUAGGGUUGGAUCAUUAUCCUUCCAUGUCUGGAUUCAGAUUUGUAAAAAUCAAAGAAAUGGGUCAACCUGUUGGAGUAUUUACAAGUCUGGAUUGUGUAAAUUCUUUAAAGACUGUAUGAAGUAUGGUGUGAUAGACACUUCAUU